AUCGGAGGAAGGUAUUUUGAUGUUUUGGUUAGAAAAAAUUUCUUUGACAAGUUUGAAGAUUAUUACUAUAAGAUGCAUGAUUUAAUACAUGAAUUAGCACAAUCUGUUUCCAUACAUGAAUGCUUAAGAGUUGAGGAUAGUACAAAGUUGCCUUCUCCAAUUCCUAAGACUCUUCGAUACUUGUCUGUUAAAACUACAAAUCCAGGCAUCAUAAAAGCGAUUGGGAAGUUUAAAUAUUUGCAUUCUCUUUCCUUGUUCUAUCUACCUUCUUAUCAGGAUAUCUAUGCACUUAGUAAAAUAUUCAAAGCAUUGAGAAGCCUACGCUUGUUAGAGAUAUUUGCGCCAUUAACCUUGGAGCUGAUACCUGAGGAGAUUGAAAAUUUGAUACAUCUUCGAUACUUAAAGAUUGAUAGUUUUUAUUUGACUAUGCUGCCAAAAUCUCUAAGUAAUCUCUAUCACUUGCAAUACAUAAUCUAUGAUGGGCUAGAGAAAGGUGCUGAUUUUUUUCCAAGUGACAUUAAUAACCUUUCUAACUUGCAUUACGUGAAAUUGCCCAAGAAUUGUAUUUCAUCGAUAGGUGGGAUUGGGAAGCUAAAGUUUCUUCAAGAAUUGAAAAUGUUUGAUCUUGGAGAUGCGAGUGGUUAUAGAAUUGGGGAGCUAGAGAACAUGAAUGAUCUUUGCAAAUUAGGAAUCAAUUGCCUUGAAAAUAUUAAGGAUGCCGAGGAGGCUUGUAGUGCCAAAUUAUGUGCCAAGAGGAGGCUCGCAGAUUUGAUUUUAUGUUGGAGUAACACUGAUUUGAGGAACAUCAAUUUCAAUGAGAACGUGCUCGACAAUCUUCAGCCACCAAAAUGUCUAAGGAAUCUGAGCAUAAAGAGAUACAUGGGUGCAAGAUCUGCAAUGUGGAUGAACAAUGUCAAUCCGAUCUUCAAUCUAGAGAAAAUCGAAUUGACAGAAUGCUUGGAGUGUGAAACUCUUCCACCUUUUGGGCAACUUCUCUUCCUCAAGUCUCUCAAACUUGAUAACAUGCCAAAAGUAAAAUGGCUCGUAAGUAAAUUUAAUGGGAAUGAUAAAUACCGUACCUUUCCAGUGCUAGAGAAGUUAUAUAUUGAGAAAUUAGAAGAAUUAGAGGAUUGGUUUGAGGCAGGAGUAGCUGCUGAAGAUGGAUGUUUGUUUCCUUGCUUAAUUGAACUGGAGCUAUAUCACUGCCCGAAGUUGAAAGAGUUGCCCUCUUUGCCUGCUAAGCUCAAGACCUUGAAGAUAUAUGACAAUAUGGAGUGGACGACUUUGAAUUUUUGUAGCAAUUCAAAUCCUAUUCCCCUUGAAUCAUUAACGGUCUGUGAAUGUCCAAACAUUACAUCUCUUCCUCUGGCUGAU